AUGGUAACAAUCAGUACGUCCGAACGCAAGGAAUUUGACGAUGUGCUCGGCAGUGGCGGUAUUUUCCGCAAGAUGUUGACCGUUCAUACUGAUGGUAUUCAAGCAGAAUUUGGAGAAGAAGUAGGUGUGAUCUACUCAAUUUGGGUGCUCAAGUCAGGAAUCAAAGUGGUUACAGAUGAGGCACGAAAGUUUCGAAUUGGUGACGGCGAGGUGAUGCCUGCACUUGAGUUAGUGGCAAAGAUGAUGCAUGUAGGCGAAGUGUGUGAAGUGCGUUGCGAUGCUCGAUUUGCCUAUGGAGACGUUGGGCUUGAACCUCAUGUGCCUCCUGGUGCAGAGAUGAAGCUCGUGGUAGAACUCUGUCGUGUGGGUAAGAAGAUUACGGCCGAAAUGAGCUCUCAGGAGCUUAUCAUGGAGGCGACGCAGAAGAAAGAGAGUGGUAAUCGCUAUUUUAAGGAGAAAAACUAUGACCAAGCAGCGAAGCUUUACAAGCGAGCACUAAAAUUGCUUGAGACGUGGGAACAUUCAGAGGAAGACGCAACGAAGUGUAAAGAGCUACUGAUUGCACUGGGAAAUAAUGUAGGCAAUGUGCAGCAUAAGCUGAACCAGUACAAGGAGGCGAGGCAGUCAAGUCUAGAGGUUUUACAGCUGGACGGGAAGAAUAUAAAAGCCAUGUACCGCAUUGGUCACCUUGCACUGGAUCAGAACGAGUUUGACGAAGCAAACGUAUUUCUACGCAAGGCGAUGGAAAUAGAUCCGAAGAAUACUAAGGUGCGUCACUUGCUGGUGCAGCUGAAGAAGAAGAAACGGGAUCAAAAGGCACUGGAGAGGAAGCUCUAUGCAAAGCUGGGGGGCAGUAAGGCUACGGACACUGCCAAGACUAGCAAACUUGCCGGUCUAGUGGCGCGUGCAAGGCAGAAACCGUUGACUAUUGCUGCUGUUGUGAUCGUCAUUAUUGCGAGAAUCAUGUACGCGUAUAUCAGAGAUGCAAACGACGAAAUUAGCAACGACACCAUCAGCUACACCAACGAUACAGAUUAA